UCAAUUAUUUUUUUAAUUCAUUAAUGCUCAACAUUACAUUAUUUAAUAUUAUUAUCGAAGUAAAAUUACUCAUUCUGAGUUAGACUUUCACAUUUCUUUUCAAACAUUUUAUCGAUUAUCACGAUAUUUCACCAUUCUUGAAAUGAUUAAACUUAUCGAAUGACACUGAAAUUCUAUAAUAUGCACGUUCAUCGAUCAUAAACACGUUCACCACUGCAACAAGUAAUAGCGACUAAACAAAUCAAUCAGUUCUUCCAAGAAACCUGCGCAAGCGUUAGAACUGUCACGCACGUCGUGAGAAAAAUAUCUUCGAUUCAGUUGUGUUUAUAACGUCGAUGAGUAGCUACGAUGUCAAACAAAUCCGUGGCGAUAAAGACUGAUCCCGAUACCAACAGCGAUUAUUGUCUUCAAUUGAAUCGUUGGUUUCUGAAACCGAUUGGAGCUUGGCCCAGUUUUCCCUCUACAACUAGACAUGAAAGAAUCAUCUCAUUUCUUUUGAAUGUCUCAUGUUAUAGUUCUUUACUAUUUACCUUGAUUCCUUGUCUGCUUCACAUGUUACUAGAAGAUGAAAGUUUUUAUUUGAAAAUGAAAGUACUUGGGUCACUGGCUCAUUGGUUUGUUGGUACAAUGAAUUAUACUACUCUGUUGUUAAGAGGUAGAGAAAUACGAUUAUGUGUCGAACAUAUAAGAACUGAUUGGCGCAUAGUGACAAGGGAAGAAGAUCAACAGGUAAUGCUAAAAAAUGCAAAAUUCGGCCGCUACGUUGCAGCUCUUUCGGCGGCUAUUUUGCAGAGCGGAGUUCUAUGCUUCUGUUGCAUGACAAUUUCGAGAACAGAACUUAUUCAAAUCGGCAACGAAACGAGAAUCGUGCAUGUGUUACCCUGUGCUGUAUACAAAAAAAUUAUAGAUGUCACUCGCAGUCCUAACAGCGAAUUUAUCAUUGCUUCGCAAUUUUUAUCAGGAUUUAUUGUAAACUCUAGCACCGCAGGAAUCUUUAGUCUUGCAGCUAUUUUAGGAGCACACGCUUGCGGCCAAUUGAGUGUGGUUAUGACAUGGAUCACAGAAUUUGUAAAUAAAUCAAAGAAAAGAGAGAAAAUGAUUUUUAGAGAAAUAGGCCUGAUCGUGGAGCAUCAUCUAAGAACAUUGAAUUUUAUAUCAUAUAUCGAGGAAACGAUAAAUCGGAUAAUAUUCUUGGAAGUAUUUAGGUGCUGCCUGCAUAUAUGUUGCCUUGGUUAUUACAUACUUAUGGAAUGGUCUGAUUAUGAUAAACGAAGUAUGAUCAUCUAUUUUAUGUUGUUCGUUUCAGUCUGUUUUAACAUUUUUAUAAUAUGCUAUAUUGGUGAAAUAUUAGCAGAAGAGAGUAUGAAAGUCGGUGAAGUAGUUUAUAUGACUGACUGGUAUUAUUUACCCGACAAGAUAAUCCUCGACCUGACUUUAAUCAUAGUACGAUCGAGUGUAGUGGUUCAAAUUACUGCAGGAAAAUUAAUUCAUAUGUCUAUUCAAACAUUUACCGAUGUUAUAAAAACCGGUUUUGCAUACUUGAAUCUCUUACGUCAAGUGACGUAACAAAAUGUAUUCUUUUAAUUAAUGCACAGAUUUAUAAAAUUUGAAAUAUAAAGAAUAGCAACAGUAGGAA